AUGCCAGAGCCUGCAAAGAAACCAGCUUCAGCAUUCAUCAAGAAACCGAAGACAAGAGAUGUCUCAGCAGGAGGCACUGCUGUUUUUGAAGCAGAGACAGAGAAGACUGGCAUCAAGGUGAAGUGGCAGCAAAAUGGUGUAGAACUUACCACAAGCGAGAAGUAUGUCAUCAAAUCAGAGGGGAAUAAGCACUCCUUGACCAUUAAUAAUGUUGGAAAAGAGGAUGAUGCCACUUAUGCUGCCAUUGCUGGAAGUUCCAAGGUCAAAUUUGAACUUAAAGUGAAAGAAGCAGAAAAGAUGGGAGAGGUUCCUCCUCCUGAAGUUUCUUCUGAUCAGCCAACAGUCUCAGAUGCUGGACCUACAAAUGCUGGACCUAAAGAUGCUGGAAGUGCAGAUGAUAGCAAAGUCUCAGAAGCUCUUCCUACAGAAGCCCAGAAAGAGAUACCUGUUGACCCAAUUGGUAUCUUUGUGACUCGACCACAGGAUGGAGAAGUUGCAAUUGGUAGGAACAUUAUAUUCACUGCUGUAGUGGCAAGUGAAAGCUUGCUGAAGAAACCUACCGCGAAAUGGUUCAAGGGAAAGUGGAUGGACCUGGGAAGCAAAGUGGGAAAACACCUCCAGCUUCACGAGAGUUAUGACCGAACCAACAAGGUUUAUGUCUUUGAAAUGAACAUUAUCGAUGCAAAACCAACUUAUGCGGGGGGAUAUCGAUGUGAGGUAGCUACAAAAGACAAAUUUGAUAGCUGUAACUUUACCCUGGUUGUCCAUGAGGCACCUGCCACAGCUGACCUGGACAUCCGAUCAGCGUUUCGACGGACGAGCAUGGCAGGAGGAGGGAAGCGGACAGCAGCAGCCUUAUCCAGUGUGGAUGGUCAAGAUGAAGGCAGAGAGUUGGAUUUCACUACCUUGCUGAAAAAGAGAGACAGUUUCUUGCGCUCAGUACAUCGAAAUGAGGGAAAAAUUGAAUCACAGCCAGAGGUUGAUGUCUGGGAAAUCCUUCGGAAUGCUUCACCAUCAGAAUAUGAGAAAAUUGCAUUUCAAUAUGGCAUCACUGAUCUGCGGGGCAUGUUGAAACGCCUCAAGCGCAUGAAAAAGGAAGAGAAGAAAAGCACAUCAUUUCUGAAGAGACUGGAUCCUGCAUAUCAGGUUGACAAAGGACAGAAAAUAAAAUUGGUAGUAGAACUUGCAAACCCAGAUGAUGAAGUUAAAUGGCUCAAGAACGGACAAGAAAUCCAAGUGAGUGGCAGCAAAUAUAUUUUUGAGUCUCUGGGAAAUAAGAGAAUCCUGACCAUCAACCACUGCUCACUGGCUGAUGACGCAGCAUAUCAGUGUGUGAUUGGCGAAGAGAAGACUUUCACAGAACUGUUUGUAAGAGAACUUCCCAUCCUGAUUACUCAUUCCUUGGAAGACCAGGUAGUCACAGUUGGAGAAAGGGUGGAGUUUGAAGCUGAAGUGUCUGAAGAAGGGGCUACUGUGAAAUGGGAGAAGGAUGGUGUAGAGCUUACUCGGGAAGAGGCAUUCAAAUAUCGUUUCAAAAAGGAUGGUAAAAAGCACUACCUCAUCAUCAAUGAGUCCACCAAGGAAGAUAAUGGGCACUACAAAGUCAAGACUAAUGGUGGGGAGUCUGUUGCAGAAUUGAUUGUACAAGAAAAGAAGCUGGAAGUGUACCAGAGUAUUGCAGAUCUGUCUGUGAAGGCACGAGACCAGGCUGUGUUCAAGUGUGAGGUGUCUGAUGAGAAUGUGAAGGGUGUCUGGCUGAAAAAUGGGAAGGAAGUGAUCCCAAACAAUCGGAUUACAAUCUCUCAUAUUGGCAGAAUCCAUAAGCUAACCAUUGAUGAUGUGACCCCAGAAGAUGAAGCUGAUUAUUCUUUUGUGCCUCAAGGAUUUGCAUACAAUCUCUCAGCCCAUCUGCGUUUUUUGGAGGUUAAGAUUGACUUUGUGCCUAGACAAGAACCCCCCAAAAUCCACCUGGACUGCAUGGGGCAAACUCCGGACACCAUUAUUGUGGUAGCUGGAAAUAAGCUGAGACUUGAUGUACCCAUUUCAGGUGAUCCAGUCCCUACAGUGAUUUGGCUGAAAAUAAACAAGCUCUUUCCUGAUUCUGAAGGCAGAGUCCAUGUGGAAACAUAUGAAGACCAUUGUGUGUUUACUAUUGAAGGGGCUGAGAAGGAAGAUGAGGGAAUCUACAGAGUUACAGUGAAAAAUCCAGCUGGAGAAGACACAGCUGAUAUCACUGUAAAAGUUAUUGAUGUACCUGAUCCACCAGAAGCUCCUAAAAUCACUGAAGUUGGUGAAGACAACUGCAUAGUGCAGUGGCAGCCACCUAACUAUGAUGGAGGACAGCCAGUACUGGGAUACAUCUUAGAGAGGAAGAAGAAAAAGAGCUACAGGUGGAUGAGGCUGAACUUCGACCUUUUGAAGGAUCUGACUUAUGAAGCGAAGAGAAUGAUUGAAGGAGUUGUUUAUGAGAUGAGAAUUUAUGCAGUGAACUCAGUUGGCAUGUCUCGGCCUAGUCCUGCCUCACAGCCUUUCAUGCCAAUUGCUCCUCCAAGUGCGCCAACACACUUUACUGUAGAAGACAUUUCUGACACUUCUGUAACCUUGAAGUGGAGACCCCCUGAACGGAUUGGAGCAGGAGGAUUGGAUGGCUACAAUAUUGAGUACUGUAAAGAAGGAUCCACAGAAUGGAUCCCAGCUCUUCCUGACCCCACUGAACGCACAUCUCUCCUACUUAAAGAUUUGGUUACAGGAGACAAGUUGUAUUUUCGCAUCACUGCUAUAAACCUAGCAGGGGCAAGUCAACCAGCAAUGAUCAAGGAACCAGUUACUGUUCAAGAGAUCUUGCAGCGUCCUAAAAUUAGGCUGCCACGCAAUCUCAGACAGACUUUAAUGAAAAAAGUUGGUGAUACAAUCAACAUUGUAAUUCCUUUCCAGGGUAAACCUAGACCUAAAGUUAUCUGGAAAAAAGAUGAUCUGCUAAUAGACUCCAAGGAAGUGGGAAUUCGAAACAGCAACACAGAUACUAUCCUAUUUAUCCGAAAGGCAGAGCGUCACCAUUCCGGAAAAUAUGAAGUAGAGGUGCAAAUAGAAAACAUGAGUGACAAGGUCACAAUUACUAUGCAGAUCAUGGAUAAGCCUGGUCCUCCUCAGAACAUUAAGAUUGUGGAUGUUUGGGGGUUCAACGUUGCACUGGAAUGGAUGCCUCCCCAAGAUGAUGGGAAUUCUCAAAUCACAGGGUACAUGGUCCAGAAGGCGGACAAAAAAACAAUGGAAUGGUAUACUGUUUUUGAUCACUAUCGGCGCACUAACUGUGUAGUAUCUGAGCUGAUCAUGGGAAAUGAAUACUAUUUCAGGAUCUUCAGUGAAAAUCUGUGCGGGCUGAGUGAAAACGCUGCAACCACGAAAAACUCUGCCUACAUUAAGAAGACAGGAGCAGUUUACAAACCACCUAACUACAAAGAGCAUGACUUCUCUGAAACACCAAAAUUCACCCAUCCGCUUUCUAAUCGUUCGGUAGUCUCUGGGUACAAUGCAACACUCAGCUGUGCUGUCAGAGGAAGCCCAAAGCCCAAGAUCUUCUGGUUCAAAAACAAUGUGGACCUUUCCGGAAAUGCCAAGUACCGCAUGUUCAGUAAGCAUGGAGUGUUGACUUUGGAAAUCCGCAAGCCCAGCCCAUUUGAUGGAGGCAUUUAUACCUGCAAGGCAGUGAAUGAAUGUGGAGAAGCAGAAAUAGAGUGUCAAUUGGAUGUUAGAGGUACUAAGGAGGAUUUUAUAGAUCUAUUACUUCCAAAAAGACAAGGCUUUGAGUUUGUAUCUUCUAAAGAAGUUUAA